AUCCAUUCAUCCCAUCUGCGUCACUUGCACGGUCGCCAUAAAGGCGCCCCUCCCUCCCUCCCUCCCUCCCUCCCGCUAUCCAUAGGCACACACUGAUGUGUACGUCAGUAGCUUAGACACACACACACACACACACAUUAGUCAGCACACAUGGCGGUAUGGAUAAACACACCGACACCCACACCCACACCCACCCCAUACACACACACAGAUGCCUCCCGACCGGCCGGGAAAAAGUGACUGACGCACACAGAGACAGACCAGUAAGUACUUAACAGUCUUAUGAAUCGCACUCACUAUGUAUGUCGAUGCAUGUUCCGACUGACUGUCAAAAAGCAGUCCUCCCCCACCACCCACCCUACCUAUGACUAGAAAAGCUGAUGGCUCCUCGCCCAUCCAUCCAUCCAUGUCGACGCAAGGGGCCACCAGCCGAUGACGAGACAUACAUACACUUAGUGACUACACACACACUCACUGGACAGACAGUUAGUUACACGCACUCAUGUAUUGCUUAUUAUGAAUCAAGAUGGAUAAAGGCACGACACAUGCUUAGGCCCAAAUGACGCAUUCCCGCCAUUGCCGGCAGCCGUCGCGGCAGUGUCCUGCGACACGUACGUGUCGCACCGCUGCUGCGCGUGCAGGCAGGUCCUAAGGAUGUCCUGCAGCAUGAUCUCCUCCUGAUACUCCUCGACCGUCAUCUCCACAGACACCGCCUCCCUCCGGGCGUCCUCGGCGAGCUGCCGAAUCGCCUUGCCAAUCCUCACCAGCCACAAGACCUGCCGACACGCGCGACGCAGCCGCCCACCCGCCGGCAGACUCGCCAUCGAGUCCUCCACUGACGACGGCCCUUCUCUCUCUCUGUCCCUGUCCUUGUCCUUGUCUAGCUUGGAGGUGCCCCGCCGGAGGAGCAUCUUGAAGGACUUGGACACAGAGGGCGGCGGCAUGCCGCCCAUUCUGGGCGAUGCGCCGUUUUCAUUGGGUGGGGUGGGGGGGUGGGAGUGGGACCUGCUCAGCCGCUGCUGGGGCUUGUUGUACCGCUGCUGGUGGAGCGAGUGGCAGGGGGGCGUCCGGGGGGUGGUCCGGGGGGUGGCUGUCGAGACGGUAGCUGUGGAGUGGAUGAGCUCGGUGGGUAUGAUGGCCCCCAGAUGUUCGUGCGCCUCGUUGAGGCACUGGCCGACUGCCCGCCGGAUGAACGGCCGGACCAGCGCCGACUGGACCAUUUGAAUGUCGAACUCCAUCGACCGCAUGUGGAACUGCGGCAGCGUCGCCUCCUGCAUUGGAUCCACACACACACACAGAGAGAGAGAGAGAGAUGACGGGUGUUUUCUUGUUUGUGAGUGUGGGUGUGAUGGCGAAGCGGCUGACCAUGACAACGUCCACAAGGCCGCGCCUCUCCUUCUCGGUCAGAUUGGAGAGGUCCAGCACACACCCUAUCGAGUAAAGCUCGUCGAUAAGCCCCGUACUGCACCUGCUGCCCCCACUCCCGCUCCCGCUGCCGUUGCCACUCCCAUUGCCCCCGCUCCCGCCCUCCUUCUCGUCAAGGCCGCCUCUGUCCACCGCCCUCGGCACCUGUCCAAAAGCAGAUCUUUUCAGCUUGACCUUGUGCUGGUCAAGCAUGGCCAGCUGCCGCACCCAGCGGAAACAUGACAUCUUCCGCAGCACCCGCGCCACCACUGACCGCCGCUUGGGGUCGCGCGGCUCCUCCCGCCGACCCUCCUUGAUGGUCUUCUGCUUCCGCCGCUCGCUGCGCUCCAUGGCAAUGAGUAUCCACGGGCGGAGGAAUGCGACGGCAGCCCAGAGGAGAAACACGAGCUGGAAGCCCAGUGCGACGGCGAGGAGCACGAUCUGGACGAGGGCUUCGAUGUCGAGCUCGGUUUCGAGCGUUGAGGAGAAGAAGGAGACCAUCAGGAGCCCCAUGAAGUUCCACAGCGAGAAGGACUCCAGUUGGUCCAUCAGACGGUAGGAACGGUUGUCGUACGGCUUCCUGUUGACUGCAUCCAAGCAGAAGGAAAUGAGGCACACACCAACAAGCCACAACCGAAUGGGGGAUACAAGCAGAAAGGCUGCCAUCUCUCUCUCUCUCUCUCUCUCUCUCGCUCCCUCGACCUCACCGUGCACGGCGAGGAAGAAAAUGGCCAGAAACAUGAGUAGCCCCAGUCUUUGCGCCUCCCCGAGGUCGGGCACCACCAGCGGCAGAUCCACAGACACCUUACGGAGCAUCGCAAAGGUCUCGUACCAGUAGAAAGUCGGCUCGUACCCUACACACCACGACACACACACGCCACAGGCGCAUAACACGGACUGAAUGUCCUUUCCGUCUGACCAACCAUUGUAAAGGAACCCCAGUGUCUGCCGGACUCGGUCGUCGUAGAGCCGCCGACGCGACCCACGCAUCACCAAAUACAGCCACAGCGGAAUACCAAAUGUGUAAAGCCAUAUCCCUGAUCGACACACACGGAUGAAGGGGAGAGGUCUGUCUCUGUCUAUAUUGUAUGGCUGAUUGGAUUGGCUUACAUACCUCCGAUGGAGAGCCAGUAGUACGGCGGGUGUCCCUCCGGGUCGUCGCCGCCGCAGAGUGCGUUGGGGUCGGCUGCGAGUCGCGGGACGUCAUACUGCUUGCACUGCAGAUUGAUGAUAAACGUCUUGUUCAGCAGCACGUGUGCCAACCACACCACAACUAUAAAACUGGACAGACACGCAGAGAGAGAGAGAGGGAAUGACGACAGACAUGCGCUGUCUGUUUGUCGCUUCCUCCUGGCCAGAGCUCUCCAGCCCAGCCAGCCCCACCUGUGGAACGUCUGCCGGUAGAUGCUGGCCCUUUCCUCUGAUUUGACGUGGGCGAAGGGGAUCCACACGCCAUGCCGCCACGAACGGAACCUCUCCCAGACCUUUUUCCAGGCACCACCGCCCCCCUUGGCCGCCCUGCUGCCCACAAGGUCAGUCGUCACGCGGUCGAUCGACGACAUGACCAUCUGGGUGCGGUUGAUGUUGCCUGUGGCCGGCAACAUGUUGUCAUGCGAUAGCGCGCGGCGCGGCUUCCGGCUCUCCCCCUCGCCCCUCUCCAGGUCAGCGAGCGAGGCCGCCAGCCGGGAUGCGAUGCCUUCCUCCGACUUGGUCUGCGAGGGUCUCAGGGAGGCCGUCGAGCUGCCGCCCUUGCCUUUUGGGGCAGUAUGGGGGGGUGCGAGGGUGAGGAGGGACUCCUUCCACUCGUCCUCGGGGUCGGUGUGCUUGUGGCGCCGCUUCUGCAGCCAUGUGGAGAAGAGGACGCAGAUGUAGACGCAGAGGAGCGCGGCGAACGGGAAGAUGAGGGCGAUAAGGAGCCAGAAGUGGUAGGGCGCCAUGCUGCGCGGGAGGAUGCAGUCCAUCGUCAGGAAGGUUAUCGGAUCUUCACACACACACACACACACACACAUAUAUAUAUAUAUAUAUGUGGGUUUUCCUUGCGCAGCCUCGUUCGUGGUGUUUGGCGUACAGAUGAAGUCUUCCAUGAAGUCGCUGGUCUGCUUGAGCCACACUAGGAUGGGGUUGUUGGUCAAGGCGUGAGGGCCCCGCAGCGAGAACGAGAAUGCCGUCCAGUUGAGCUGGAGCCAGGUCCUGACGGAGUGGAGCAACGACACAGACAGGGACAGAGCAGGUACCGUACCACCAACGUCAUCUCGCAUUGUGAAUCCACCCCUCUCUUGCAAGCGUGACAAUGGAUGGAUGGAUGGAUCUUUUCUCACGUCAAGAUCUUCCAUAUCACAUUCUGCGUCGUCUGGUACGGCCGCAGCCCCUCCGACAGAUUCAGCCGCACCAUCCACACCACAAGCGCCGAAAAGACCAACAGCCACAGCACCAGCUUGACGCCGAUCCAUGUCAUGCUGGGGCACCCCACACAUGUCGUCGCCCCGAUCGGCCGAGUGUACCCCGCUUGGCACCGCGCGCAGAGCAGCCCCUCGGACCGCUCGUGGCACUGGUUGCUGCCCUCGCAGUCGGCCGGGAUGGGGCACGGGAUGAAGAGCAGCCCCUUGACGGCUGGCCCCUCCCUGUCAACGAGGCGUGUGGUGUCGUUGGAGGUGCCGGAGGUGGUGGGGAGGAGGGGAAUGAACCCUGCGCCGGGAAGGUCGUCUUCGAGAAUGAGAAUGUCCUUCCUCUCGGGCAUGUGCUUGAGCUUCAGGCUGUAGAAGGACGGCCGGGCCUCGGGGAUGGCCUUCUGGGCGGGAGUGGUGCAGAGGGCGCCGGAGGGGCACUGAAUACACACAGGCAUGCGGUUGCCACCAUGUUUUGGUUGGUGGAGCGAUGUCGUUGGCUUACGUCUUGACAUCUGGUGGAACCGUGCGCUCCUGCAACACACCACACACACACAAGCGAGGCGACAGCCGAUGCGACAUGUGGCUGGCGGUAGCUACUACUACGGAAAGUUCUUUGAUGCCCACCCAUCCCAUCUGCUGCCCACCUGCAUAGGUGCCUGUUGGGCAUGUCUGGCAGUAGUCCAGGCCGGCAUGAAUGUUGUACUCACCGGGCCUACACACACACACACCUCUGCGACACAGCAAGACCACAGGCUCUCUGUGUGUGUGUGUUGGAUUUGAACCUGCAGAGCUUGCACUUUAUCGCCCCCUGCAUGUUGUUGUAUGUGCCGGCCUCACACGGCCUGCAGGCCUGACUUAGGGCAUACAGAGGGGCCCUCGGGUCCAGCUCGUUGUACGUGCCUGACGGGCACGGGAUGCACUGCCACCCCGCAUCAUCCACCUGAGUCCCUGCAAUCACGCACACACACACACACAAGGCACGUGUGCAUGCCCCUGUCUGUCUCUCUGUCUGUCUGUCUGGAUGGCUGGAUGUCUGGAUGUCUGGAUGGCUGGCUGGCUGGCUGGCUGGAUGGAUGGAUCUCUCGCCCACCUGCAGGGCAUCUUCUGCAGAUGACUUCCCGCCACUCGCUCGUCUUGGCUGAUAUGGUCACGUCGAGGGCCUCCCACCUCUCGGGGCUGUGCGGCACAUUCCCCCCCGGGCACGCAAAAACCUUAGCAUCGAUCGUCACCUGACACACAAUACAACGCACGGUCACACGACCACUGGAUCGAAGAAAACAAACACCUACACAGACCUCUUUGGGGAACUGCUGCAUGUACAUGGCGAGGGACGUCGGGAGGUAAGGGUCGAAGUUGUUGUCGUGCAGCCGCACCUCCACACCGUCACGGAUGCGCUGAAAGGUGUCGGGCAGACGCCCUGACAACCUGUUGCUCUGCACCAAAGGGAACGCAUGAAGCAAGAAUGGCUUGUGUGCCCGAUGGAUGGACGGACGGGCGUACCCGGAAGUUGAUGAUAGCCGCCUGCGUGAAGUUGCCAACACCAGGAGGUAACGAGCCCGACAAGCUGACCAACGAAACCACCAUUGGCCAGAGUGAUUGGAGUGAAAGCGUCCUCCUUUCUCUCCCUCCCCUCCCCUCCCCCUGCAACGCCACGCACUCACCGGUUGUUUUGCAGCUCCACCUCUAUCAGUUUGGUCAUGCCCUCGUAAUGUACGCCAUCGUACGUCCCGCCCCCGAUGCACAGCGGCACAGCCCCGCUGAAGUAGUUCCGCUUCACGUCCAGCCUACAUGGCCAUGACAUAAAGGCACAACAGACGGGCGAACGAUGCUCACAUACAUGGAUGGCUUGUCGGCGUGGUGUGCCGGGUGGCUCACUCACUCGAUGAGUCUGGUGAGGUGACACAGGCCAGGGGGCAGCGUGCCGUCGAGGCGGUUCGACUCGAGAUCCAGCUCCACCAGCCGGCGGCAAUUGGACACCUCCACAGGGAUCGGCCCCGUCAAGUUGUUCUGCCAUCCACAGACACGGAGGCAGGCAGGAAGGAAAAGAAGAUGAGGGCACGAAAGGCGCUUGUGUGUUGUCAGUCUGUCUUGACACCCACACGCACCUGCUCGAGUAUGAGCCGCUCAGUGGGGCUCUCGAGGUCUUGGCUGCACAGGUUGGGCAGGAGGGAGGGGAUGGGACCGGUGAAGCGGUUCUUCGAGAGAUCUAUGACCUUGGCAUGCUUCAGCAGGCCUACCGACUCGGGGAUCCUUCCCGUCAGACCUGCACCGCACCCACACAACGACCGACACAUGAAUGAAUCAGUGGCUGAGUGGCCACUGAUGGGUGUCGUCACGCAGCGAGCGCCCUCACUUACCUCUGCCCGACAGGUGCAGCCCGUAUGUCCUGCCAGCGAACCCGCCGCAGCGAAUGCCGGUCCACAUGUCACAGAACCGUGCCGAGGAGUUCCACGGGCCGACCUCAUCCGGGUCGUUGCCCUCCUCCUGGCUAAGUGAGUCAUAGAGCCGCUUAAGCGGCUCCCGGUCCUCAUCGCAGCCGCGACAGGACGAUGGCGGCUCGCCACGGACUGUGCUGAGCAGGGCCGCCGCCAGGAGAGUGAAACUGAGAGUGACGAGUGAGGCGGAGCCCGCCAUGCAUCACUCACAAGCAGGGAGGAUCAGAAAACCUGCUCGUCUGAGAGGAAUGACAACACAACACACAAGGAGAGCAUUCAUCGGUUGGCCAACCGGAGAUCUGACGCCAGGGUAGCUUGACUCACCUCUUGUGCGCCCCGCCUCGUC